CCGCUGGGCGCGCCGGAGCGCGAGGGCGCGGCGUGGGCGCGCGCCGCGGGGCCCGACGCCGGCUGCGCCUACCUUGUGCUGGGCUUCUGCGCGCGCGCGCCGCCGCCGGGCGCCGCCGCGCUGGCGCCCGCGCUGCUGGCCACGUGGCGCGACUGGAGCGGCGCGCGCCACCUCUACCUGCACCUGCCCGACGAGCUGCGCCUGGCGCGCGUGGCGCUGCUGCAGCGCGUGGACGGCCAGGCCCGGCCGCGCCCGCCGCCGCCCUUCCAGUUCCUCGUGGUGGCCGCGUGCCGCUGCGCCAGCUCGCCGCUUCUCCAGGCGCGCCUUCUGGACUUUGCGCAGCGCCUGCGCGCGCAGCGAGUGUCCGCGGCGUUCGUGAGCGUGUACAGCGCGCAGACGGCCCGCUCCGUCGCCACCUUCUGAGCUGCGCCGCGCUGCCUGCGCAGAGGCGACCAACUCCACGGAACAACAAACGAGUCCAAGUCCGAGAGAUACUUCAGUCAUUGCGAAUUAAGCUUCUUCUUUUCUGUUCGACUUGGUCACAUCGAAGGUGGUGCGAGAGCAGAGAUUAGAGAUUGGAAAAUGUGGAAAGAAGAUUCUGAGACAUUAAUUUAGAGUGAAGCCAGGAAGGAAGUUAGAGUAAAAUAUUAGUCUAUCCCCUUCCUCCGUUAGAAUUUUUACAAACAAAAAUUAUACAAACCGAAACUGAUAAUAAUAUAUUUCUUAGAGAACAAUAGCGUUCAAGUACUAGAGUUCAACUAUUGCAAGAGAAGGCAUAGAGACUUAAUACUCAGCUUGCACUGUAUUAUAUAGGGAGUCGAGGUGGUCCCCUCAUGUUCUAUCCACAACAGUAAAAUUCGUAACAUUGACAUCAAUACUGUCAAAAUUCAUUACAUGACAAUAAAACUGAGAUAUUGAUCAACUUACGUCAAUAUUAAGACAAUAGAUAUUUGUAACAGAAAAAUAUAAAAACCGAUAAACAUUUUCAACGCAUAUGGAUUACAGAUGAGACGAUAUUAUUGUUGGUGUAGAAAUUAAAAAGAAAUAAAAUUUCAUGGAGUAAAUUUAAUAGAACAAGUCAAAAUAUAAAGGUUCUUGAUGAUAAACUUUGAGAAGCGUUUUUAGAACAGCAUUAUUAAAUUAAUUUGCUGCAGAAAGGUAAACUUAUAGGGGAAAAGAUGAUUCAUUUUACAAGAGAAGUGAUAUGAAAUUUGAUCAUUGUCAUUAGGUCGAAGAAAGCAAGUUCACCAAAAAUAAAAAUUAAUAAAAUUAAUUAUUUUUCCCAGUACGUCUAUCGCAUCUUAUCUCUCCGCUCCACCACUUCGACUUCGUUUCGAUCAUGAGUACAAUGUCGUGCAGAUCAUUUCAGUAUUCAUUAAGUGGAGGUACAUGGACUACGGUAGGAAGAAGUACUGUAUCUUCUUUACAAACUCUGCAAGACAUCUUUUCUCUCUUAGCUUUUACGUUUCUUUUAACAAACCAAUUUUAUUGAAUUCUCUAAAAGUACAAGACAUGCUUUAAAGCUUGUUUUCUGCUUCUGGUAAGCAUCCCCUCUCGUUGCGUCAAGAAUGUUGCAUUAGUUUUCAUAUUUAUGCAGUUGUAAGUAGCACCUGUAAAUCACGAGUUCUUUUGCCCAAAGAUUUAACUUUAAUUAGAUUAAUUUAUUUAGUAAUAAAAUGCGUACAUGUUGGUACAAAUUUGCUGUAUUAAGUGUUUUUUUACAUUUUAAUGAAUUAGGAGAUUGGUUAUCAACUUUUGUUUUGGUUGAUUCAUAGAUUAAAAUAAAAAAACGCUAUACUAAUAAAAUAUAUUUUACACACGUUAAUACGUAAGCUAUUUAGCUAUUUAUUUAUGAGUGUUAUCUCAGAAGUUGCUGAUUGAAGGAAACCUAGGCGAGCCCUAAUGCGAGCCCUUGAUUGCAAGGCGCUGUUGCUUGUCGGAAACGACCAAAAUAGCAGUUCUUUACAAAAUGUUUGCGGGAGAUUUAUGUUAGGAAACGUUUUUUUAUAAAUCUACAAAGUGUAAUGUUUACAAAAAAUAUAUAUUAUUCUUAUGUUACUUGGACAAGAUUUUAAGCACAAUAUAACAUUUGAAUAACGAAGUAAGGUAUGCAUUGUAUCUAUUUUGUUUUAAUUGUGCGGCAACUGGAUUUAAAACUAUUCGAAAACAAAAUGAGGUCUCGGAUUUGGGUACUUUCGUCUAUAAUAUGUAAGAAACAAUAAUUAACUAUGUUCUGAAUUUCGGAAUGUUAUUCUUCCUGUAAUCAUAACACAAUGUUAUAAGUAAAUUUGGAAUUGUUAAGAGUAAUUUUCACUUCUAGAACUUUCAAAUUUAACAAUUGAAACAACAAAUAACAACAGAUUUAUGUAAAAACAAUAAUGAAAUAUAAUAAUGUAAAAUAUUUCUUAGCCAAUAUGUGUCAUGUUUGUUUUUAAUUUUUCUGUUAUCCGUGCCAUACGAUACGACUUAACGGAAAUCAAUGGCUCCACAAGCACGAAAAAAUUGAGAACCAUUUCAUUAAAAUAACUCUCACGUCUUGUCAAUUAAAUGUACGUAUUUCAUAUAAUUUUCAAAACUAAUUUUCCAUUGCAUACCGUAUAUUCCAUAAGCUCACUAUGUCAACAUUUAAAAAACAUCUAUUAGCAGGUAAAUAAGAUGGGUAAUAUACUCGAAGUAUGCUCCAAAUAAAGUAAUGCCGACCAAGAAGUUCUUAUAGGUUGAACAUUUCUAGAAUUAUAUUAUAUGCUUAGCUUUUGUUCGCUGUUGUGGCAGCAACUUGUCAUCAGUACCUGACAUCACCAGGCCACCAUGCAUAGUUACUAUAAUUAACAUUAAUAUGUUUAGUACAUUUACAAGUGGCCAUGAACCAUAGGCUCGAAAUAUUAGCGAAACCAAGCGACUAUUUCGAUAUGAAUCAACUAAUAAGAUGCUAAUAGAGCUAAGUGAAAGCUAAUCACGCCACAAGACAGUGGCUAAAUCUAUUUACACAAUGAGUAUAUACGACAAGGUACAGGAUGCCUGUGCAUGAAGAACUAACUUACGGGUAUAAAAACAAAGACGCAAAUCGUAAAAGCAUCGAUUUAAGAUUGACCUACUCUUUAAUAUGUAAAUGAAACAAUUUACAUGUAAGAAACCCUGUUAUUUGUGUUUCGAAGUUAUUAUCUAUAAGUCAUAUAUUCUAACAUGAAAGAUGUACGUUCACUAACUAGGCGCUUGGUAAUCUAAUACAAUAAGAUUCAUGAAUAAACGUUCUGUUUUCC